CUUCUUCUUGCUCUCGGGGAGGGAUAAUUAAUAUCUUUUUUGUUCCGCCGGCGCAGGCUCGCCUCUCGUCGACCGACACCGACCAAGCCCGGCCGGCCGGCCAUGGUGGUGCGGGGCCAGCAAGAUCUGGACGCCAACAUCGUCCGCUGGGGCCUCCACCACCUCCUCGACGCCGGCGGCGGCUGCGUGCACCGCCCUCAAUCCCCCACCACCGACUACGCCCCGCCGCCGCCGCAGCCGCAGCGCGCCCGCGCCCUUCUCGACGGCUACGACAUGGCCCCCGCCCCCGCCCCCGCCUCCGAUGUCAGGGUCGACGCGGUCGAGAACGACGAGGUCAUCGCGCACGCGCUGCAGGAGGAGCUCGCGCAGGUCGCCAUGGCCGAGGCGUCCGGGGCCGACGGCGGCGAGGCCGAGCGCCGCGCCACCGUCCUCGCGCAGCAGUGGUUCCGCCCCGAGGUCGUCAGCCAUCUGCCCUCAGCUCCACCUUAUGUAGAAGAAGCAGAGAGCUCCAGUCCACGUUCGAGCCCCGAAGAAGAUCGCAAUGCGCGUGAUGGCCACGGCUGCUCCAUAGAGCUUGUCGACGAUUUCUCUGCUCUCGACGGCGAAGUCGGCAAAAGACUGAAUGACAUGGUUCCUGUCCCUCAUGUCCCUAAAACAAAUGGAGACAUUCCUUCUUUUGAUGAAGCCUUUUCAGAUCACCGAAGACUUCUUGACAGGUUGGUGCUGUAUGGCCUGGUUGAGCUCAAGGUUAACGGAGAUGGCAAUUGUCAGUUUCGGGCAUUGUCCGAUCAAUUCUACCGAACUCCCGAACACCAUAGAUUUGUGCGGCAACAGGUGGUCAAUCAGCUUGAGUCUCAUCCCGAGAUAUAUGCUGGAUAUGUCCCUAUGGAUUACAGAGAAUAUCUUAAGAAGAUGCCAAAGAUCGGAGAGUGGGGUGACCAUGUUACACUGCAGGCUGCUGCAGACUUGUAUGGUGUAAAGAUUUUCAUUCUGACAUCAUUCAGAGAUACAUGCUACAUCGAGAUUCUCCCAGUCGUCCAAAAAUCAAAUAGAGUUAUAUGUUUGAGUUUUUGGGCCGAGGUGCACUACAACUCGAUAUAUCCGGAAGGAGAAUGCUGAUGAUGAUCUGCUGCAGAGUUGCCCGUCGUGGAGAACAGAAAGAAGAGGUGGUGGCACUUGGAGUUCUAGACUUGUAGUGCUAAAACCAAAAGGGGAAUAGAAGAUUUGAUUUGUUCUUUUGAUCUCAUGGCAGCUUGUCGGAUCGACGGUCGUUUUGUUCGACCAUGUGAUUACGAGGGAUCUGAGGAGCUGCGACGCCGUAGGACUGAUGAAGAGAUUGACUGACAGUUCGUUUGUACAUAUAUAGCAGUAUCUGCACUGUUGACUGGUUCUGUGAUAUGUGAUGUGAACAUUUGUUGUGGUAGUACUUAAUAUAUCUAUAUGCAUCACUUAUUUUUCUA